AUUAUAACUAACAGGCAAAAAGAAGAAGAAGAAAAAAGUAAAUAGUAAAGGGGCCUAGUUGUUUUGCGUUGACAAGUUGAGGUUAUAAGAUAACGUAGUAUUUGUUGAUGAGGUAGCUUUUGUGUUCUUGUUGAAUUAAAAUUAAGGCUUGCUGUGUUUCAAAAAUGGUGUUCUUUACUCUCUGUGUCAAAUGUAACUUGGAAGAAAUCAAAAUACUUCAGCCAUCAAGUGAUUUUACAUGGACCAUAAAGGUAAAGUGUUCUGGGUGUGGGGAAGAGUCGCCCAACUGGCACACUGUUGAUGCUCAGUCAUCAUAUGAAGGCAAAGGAGGAAAAGGAAAGUUUCAUUUUAUUUACAAAUGCAAAUUUUGUAGUAGAGAAAAUAGUCUGGAUAUAGUUGGUUCGUCUAUCAAGAAAAUUAAUUCCGAUGAAUGCAUGGACUUCAAACCGUUAGUAACUUUUGAUUGCAGAGGACUGGCGCCAGUUGACUUUACACCUGGGAAAGGUUGGAUAGCAGAGGCUGCAGAAAGUGGAAGACAAUUCAAAGAUAUUGAUCUCUCAGAAAAGGAAUGGGUGGAUUAUGAUGAAAGAAGUCAGCAAUCUGUUGGCAUUUAUGAAUUUGAAUCUAAAAUUGUUCAUAGUAAAUAGAUACAAUGUUCCUAAAACACUAUAUAAAUAGUAUAUGUGUUCUAAAUCCUUUACCUUACCAAAUUCUAGAUUAAAAUAUUAUUGCUGUUUA